AAUGGUGACCGAUGACGUGUGACCUCCAUCGUCCAGGCGCUUCGUGCUGCAUCGAGGGACCAGACUGAGAAGGCUGAAACCGCAUGCUAGCUCAUCUCUCGAGGGUACGUUAAGGCAUCGCUCCGCUAUCCAACGUGCGCCUGCAGGAACGAAGAACAGCGAGCCGAUCGCCCGCGCGCCUCCAUCAUGCCUACGCUGCUAACGCUCCCGGAGGAGAUGAUCCUCCACUGGAUCCUGCCGCCGCUCGCCGAGUCUACAAGCUCGCUUCAAUCCUUGCGCCUCGUCCACCCGUACUUGCGCGCACUGGUCGACCACGAGUCGAUAUGGCGCCUCAAAGUCGUCCGCGAGCUCAACCUGCCGGCCCUGGCGACUGCGCGCAGCAAGAGCAGCAAGAGCUGGAAGCGCCUCUACAUCGGCAUCGUGCAGUCCAAAGCGUACACAUGGGGUGAGGAUACAUUUGGUCGUCUUGGAGUCGAUGCGAUGGGCUUGCACCCCAAGAUCCGCCGCCUGCUUCCUCGCAUGGGCGUGCCAUUUCCAUUUCGCCUAGAUCUCAACAAGGUCAUCACACUUCCGGACAGCGCAAGCGUCUCAGACACCUUCGGCGCGCCCGUAUCGCUCCAGGCGUCCGGGUGGGGUUUCAACACGCUGACCUCAAAAGGAAAAGUCAUCGCCUGGGGCCAGCUGCACGAAGUCGACUUUGGGAACAACAGGCCUGUGCCAGGCGUUGUCCAGCUACCAGACAAUGUCACCGUCAAGAGCAUCGCUUGCGGGCGACAACACGCUGUCGCGCUCGCCAAGCAGCGGAAAGCGAAGACUAAUGGAAGUGCAGCAGAUGAGGCAGAAGAGACCAUCGUGAUCGAAUGGCGCUCGUGGGCCUUCUCGCUGCACAUGGCCGACGUCAAUGGUCUCAGUCACAGUGCAGAGGAGGAGGAGCAGUACCUCAGCAUCGCCGAUGCAGACGAAGCGAGAGAGCAUGGCACAAGCACGCACGUGCGCUACGAUGAGAUCUUUCGCAAGAUCGUGCAGGUCGAAGCAGGCUGGGACUUCAGCGUCAGCCUCGUCUCGGUCCGUGCCCGCUGCAGCGCCACGGGCAAGACGAGGGAGGUGGGCCAAGAAACGUACUUCUGGAAAUGCAACUGGGUUACCCAGGCUAGAUCUCCCGGACAGAAUUUUGGUGAGGAACAUGCCGAGGAUGAGGGUGCCGAUAGUGAGGCUCCAAGAGAAGUCGAUGUCGAGGAAGACAUCAACAACGAGGAGCUGCAGCAGCGUGCGAGCACACCAAGCCCCAAGUUACUUGAACGCUUCAUUGCGCCUGUGAGACUCAAAGCCUUCCCAGGGAGUACUGCAACUGCAUCCAUCCACAGCGGCGACAGUACGCGCAGCUGGCUCAACGCGGACAAGAUCACGCAGCUCGCCGCAGGCGAUCAAUUUAUCGCAGCACUGACCGAGCGCGGCGAUAUCUACGAGCUCGACGUCAGCAGCGAUGUCGAUGGCUUCGUCACCCAUCAUCAGCCGCCUUUGACUGCGCAUCCCAUGUCCGAAGAUGGGCUACAGUUUGCAGAGCAGUCGCGACGCUUCUACAGUACGGUCAUGGCCGCCACAGCUGAUAUGCCAGGAAUACGUCUGAGGGAGUGGCGCAAGCUCGAGCGGUACUGCCAGGUGGAUCUGAUCCGAGAAGAGCUCACGCACGCUGGCGUGCAGCACAUUGUAAGCGGGCGUCCAGAUGAGCAGAUCAGGGUUACGCACAUCUCUGCGCACUUCAAGAACUUUGCUGCGUGUUCGGUUCCGUCGGCGACGGCUGCAAAUGUGGAUCAUCACGAUGACGACGAUGGCGUAGCUGCUGCCCUGCGCAGCCAAGGCUUUGUCCUUCUCUCUCGCUCCGAAACGAGCGCCAUCUCGCCUAAGCCGACCAUCAUUCCUUCGCUCCAAGGCGCAGGCGUGAUCAAAGUCUCCUUUGGAGAUUGGCACAGUGCUGCGCUCACCGACGAUGGGCGCGUGUUGACGUGGGGCCAAUACAGCCGCGGUGCGCUGGGGAUCUGGGAUUCGCUGCCGAUGGACGAGCGCGACCAUGCGAGAUGGUGGAGCGAGAAUGCGCUCGAUCCGGAUGAUGAUGGUACCGACGGCAGUGGCGGGAGGUGGGGGAUGGGCAUACGCCGGCAGCCAGAAGGCGGGAACGUCAUACCCCUCCCGCGCGUCAUCCGCAGUGGGCCACGCCAAAUGCGCAGUGGGCUGCUCGACAGGAUCCGUGGGCGCAGCCCACAGCCAACGGCGUCGCCAGAGAAAAGAGAGCAACCACUGCAACAACUCUCGAAGGUGGAAAGCGAACAGAAAGCAUACAAUCGCUUCAUCUGGCAGCGUCUGCGGCCACGCGCCCUACCUGAAUCUAUACAACAGCCGAAGCGCGUCCUCUUCGACGACGACUUUGACACUUCGACUGUCAUGCAAAAGAGGCCAGACGACCUGAGUGGCGCUUUCGUCUUCGAUAUUGCACUCUCAGGUUGGCAUUCAGGUGCUCUUGUCCUUGGGAAUUGCUCGGCUCCAACAGAAGGAGCGCCGGUCCGAGAGAAAAUGAAGUCGCUUACAAUCGAGACUGGACACCAACGCGCAACGCAGGAACUGUCGCAUUUAGCAGGCUCGUCAUCAGCCUCGCAAGAUGCUUCAACACCGAGCACACGCUCUGUGGGUCCACAGCCUAGUUAGAGGUCGUCUCUGUGCGGAUUUUUCGACAUCACCCACUAAUGCGAUACCUGCGCCGUCUCAUUGCAGCAGGAAGCUAGCGGAGAAAGCAGGCAUCUGUUGCCAGCGGCUCGUACAGCCAUGGCGAAAGCCGACCUAAUGACGCCGCUGCCGUGCGGCAUACCUUCUGCCGCAAUUGAUCACGCCUUGGGAGGAGGCAGUAGUAGGACCCUGCCUCAUCAGUGCAAA